UCUUGUCUUGUUUCUAGAGUUGACAAUGCAGUUGCGAGCUCUUGUUUUGGCCUCUAUUGUGGUCUGUAGCCAAGCCUUGGACACCGUCCAAUAUGGCGCAUUCAUAGCUACAGCUACCUACUCCGUCGCCAACCAACUGGGCUUCUUCGCUGAGAAUGGCCUCAAUGUCGUUUACAGCCAGGUUCCCAAUAGCACGGCAGCUUUCGCUUCCAUCCUCAACGGCGAAUACGAUAUUCUGACGGCGACGGUUGACAACGCGCUCAAUUACCGCUUCAACCAGAACCAGAACGUGACCGUGAUUGGCCAAUUGGAUCAGGGCCCGGACCUUGUCCUCGCCUCGAUUCCUUCCAUCACCAGCGUCGAGCAGCUGAAGGGCAAGCCUAUUAUCGUUGAUUCGCCUGUCAGUGGCUAUGCAUACCUGCUCCAGGACGUUCUCUCAGCCUACGGGUUGUCGCUCGCCAACGGAGACUAUUACUUUAUGACCGUCGGUGGAACUCCCCAGAGAUAUUCGGCUUUAGUCAACCAAGUCCUUCCCAACGGCACCGCUGUGUAUGCCACAAUCCUUACGUAUCCAUUCACUGUUGAAGGUGAGGCACUAUCGGCUGAAGAAACGCCCAAUAUCCUCGCUCGCAUCUCAGACGUUAUCGCUCCCGUCACCUCUAGCGCUUUUACCAUCCGCCAGUCUUCCCUGAGCAACAAGACGGAAGCCGCCCUCCUGACUCGAUUCAUGGCCUCUAUGCACGCUGCAAAUAGAUUUUUGUUAAACCCCAAGAACAAGGCAUGCUCCAUCCAGGCUCUUGCCAAACAACUGGGCGUCUCCCAGGCCGUCGCAAGUCAAGAAUAUGCUUCUGCAACCAAUCCCGUGUCAGGAGAGAUCUCGCCGCCACUCAACGAUUUCACCGUCAACCAGACCGGCAUCAUGAACGACGUCGCUGUCAGGAACAAAUUUGGUGGAUUUACCGUCCCAUCAGGGUUCAAUUUUACGGAAGCUUUGAUUCCAGGUACUGGAAAGCUCAUUGACUAUUCGAUAAAGAACGCUGCUGUCACCGAAUACAGUAGGCACCGUUUCCAUAGCAAUUGCACCACUCCUUCCAGCCGCGAUUUCUAAAUAUGGAGAAAGAGACGUGCAGUUUUGACUGCGACCAGGGACGGACUAUCUUCGAAUUUCGAUUAUAAUCACACAGAAAUGUGGCCUAAAUAAAAGUUUUCAUUCUUUUCUAGCAUACAGGAUUCGCAUCGCUCUCGUAUCCAAAACCCAUCGGCCAUUCCCAACAAAUAUGCGAUACAGGCACAGAUGUACGCGCAUCAACUGUUUCAAUUGAAUACUUACCAAAGAGUCACUCGGUCAAUAUAGUCAGAC